AUGGCCGAUUUACAUCAAUUUAGUGAUGCAGAAGAAGACGAGCAGAUUCCCUACAAGGAAAAUUUGGUUGCCGGUUUUAAAAAGUUAACAGUAAAAGAUGAAAUCUUUAAAGAUUUAAAGGGUGUGGUGGAAAACACAACAGACGACUUGAAGGAGAAAAUCCUAAGCAAUGAAGAUGCCGACGAAGAGGAGGACCAAGAGGAGGCAGAUGCCAACAAUGACUAUGAUUAUUAUGACGAUGAGGAUGAAGAUGAUAUUGAUUAUCAAGAUAAUUAUGAUUAUGAAGAAAAUUAUGCAGGUUUUCAAAAACACAAUAAUCAUUUGUCGGCAUCCUCCGGAACUGGUGGUGGAGGUGGCGGUGCUGCACAUCAACAUUCCUCACAACGUGUUAGCAGUUAUCAACCCAAUGAAAAGUUAUUUACACGCUACUCAGCCCGUAUUAAUGUGGAAAAAUACGAUCCAACCACAAAUAUGUCAGCCCAGGCGGCUAAUCGUUUGGUCUCCUUCGAUUCGAAACAGGAUAAUAAAAUCAAAAUCCGUGAUAAACAUGAUCGAGCCACGGCAGAACAGGUUAUGGAUCCAAGGACACGUAUGAUUUUGUUCAAACUUUUAAAUCGUGGUUUAAUCCAGGAGAUUAAUGGUUGCAUAUCCACCGGUAAAGAGGCAAAUGUCUAUCACGCUGUGUCCCGAGAUACCGAUGACGAGUUUGCCAUUAAAAUCUACAAGACCUCAAUAUUGGUAUUUAAAGAUCGUGAUAAAUAUGUGAGUGGUGAAUUUCGUUUUCGCCACGGCUAUUGUCGUCACAAUCCCAGGAAGAUGGUGCGAACUUGGGCCGAAAAGGAAAUGCGUAAUUAUUUGCGUAUGUAUAAUGCUGGAGUGCCGGUGCCAGAACCCAUUCUCCUGAGGUCUCAUGUUUUGGUAAUGCGUUUUUGUGGUAAAAAUGGUUGGCCAUCACCCAAACUGAAAGAUGUGGAGCUGACCACCUCCAAGGCUCGAGAAUUGUAUCGUGAUUGUGUUGUACUCAUGUGGAAAAUUUAUAACAAAUGCCGCCUGGUCCAUGCCGAUCUUUCGGAAUUUAACAUUCUCGUAGAAGAUGGCCAAUUGAUAAUUAUUGAUGUCUCGCAAUCUGUGGAACAUGAUCAUCCCCAUGCUUUUGAUUUCUUGCGUAAAGAUUGUACAAAUAUCUCGGAAUUUUUCCGCAAAAAGGCUGUGGCCACAAUGACCGUAAAAGAGCUAUUCGAUUUCAUCACAGAUCAAACCAUUACCGAGGAAAAUAUGGAAACCUGCUUGGAGAAGAUAUCGGAAAAAAUUAAAGAUCGUGAUUUUGAGGCCAUAACGGCCCAGGAGAAAAUCGAUGAAGCGGUGUGGCAACAAACCUUUAUACCCAAACGUUUGGAUGAAGUGCGCUACUUCGAACGCGAUGUGGACAAGGUGAAAAAGGGUGAAAAACAAAAUUUAAUUUAUGGCAAAAUUACCGGUCUCAAUGAGAAUUUGGAGGUACAAAAGAAACCGGCAAUUUUAUCGGAAAAGGAACAGCAAGAAAAUGAAAAGAAUUUGGAAAAGAAGGAGGGUGAAGGUGGGGAGGAGGAGGAUGAUGAAGCUGAAGAGGAUGGUGGAUCAAGUGAGGACGACGAAGAUGAUGGUGAUACAAAGUUUAAAAAUUCCGCCCGUCCCCGUGAUGAAUCGCCGGAAAGUAAGAAGGCCCGCAAAAAGGCCGUCAAAGAAGCUCAGGCCGAAAAACGCAAAGUGAAAGUCAAGAAACAUGUCAAGAAACGUAAAGAGAAGAUGGCCAGUGCCAAGAAAUAG